AUGCUGGCCCUUGUGAUAUUUCUUUCGAUCCCUGUAUACCUUCUUGCCAUUGGGUGUUACAAUCUCUUUUUCCAUCCCCUCCGCAACUUCCCCGGUCCACCCCUCGCCAAAGUCUCCAAAUUAUGGAGUCGAAUUGGAAACCGGAGUGGUCGCAAAGCGGAGCGAAUUCAUCAUGCCCAUCUUCAGUAUGGUCCCGUCGUGCGAUUUGGCCCGAAUGAAUUGUCUUUUGCAGAUCCUGCCGCCGUGCGAGUUAUUUACAUGUCGGAUGCCUUUGUCAAAGAAGAGACUUUCUAUAGGGCAAAAACUAUCUUCCAUGAGGACCACCUCUUCUCUACUCGGGAUGUGCGGGCACAUCGGCAGCGGCGAAAGCUCUUUGCACGGGGAUACUCCCAGGCAGCGAUGCUGGAAUACGAACCUAAUAUCUCGAACAAGAUCGAUUCACUUCUGCAACAAUGGAAGGCUCGGUCCGACGGCCCAAUUGAUGUUUAUCCAUGGCUACAUUGGCUUGCGUUCGACGUGGUGUAUCAUUUGAUGUUCGAUGACGACCCAGGUCAAGUGGCAUCCGGUCAGAGCCAUGAAGUAAUGCCAUAUAUUGCUGCGUGGGCACCUACGUAUAUAUAUAAAGAGUUCGUCCCGCAACUGGAUCGAUGGGGAGUAUAUGUCCCUGGUUACGUGGGUGAUUACUUCAGACAGGUUCAAAAGUGGAAGAAUGCGAGUGAUUAUUCCGUCAACUUGAUCAAGAGAAGCCGGGAAAGAGGCACGAAAACUCCUUUCCUAAGGGCAGUAUUGAAUGGAGACAAGGACGCUUUCCUCGGUAGGCCUCUAACAAACUCCGAACUCGCAGAGGAGUGUAUGGCCGGCAUGUUCGCAGGAAGUGGAACCACCGCCAAUACGUUUGUUUUCCUUCUCUGGGCUUGUCUGCGGAAACCAGAUAUCGUGGCCAAGCUCAAAGCCGAGUUACGAGAGGCAUUUCCAGAUCCAUCGAUUAUUCCUGACUAUCGGACAUGUUCGUCGCUACCCUACCUUCAAGCCGUUAUAUCCGAGACCCUCCGCCGGUAUCCCGUUGCCAUUUCUCAAUUACCACGAACCGCAAUCAAGGACACGGUUGUCGCAGGUGUUGCAAUCCGAAAAGGCACUACCGUAGGGACUCAAAAUUACACCACCCACUUUAACGAAGAAGCAUUCCCCAACCCUCUGGAAUUCCGACCGGAGCGGUGGCUCGAGAAGGAGAAUGAGGCAUUACGCAAAGAGGCGUCGACGCCGUUCUCCAUCGGGCCGAGAAAGUGUAUCGGCAUCAAUUUGGCACAAAUGGAGCUCACCAAGUUGGUUGCGGUUUUCUUCCGCCGGUUCGAUGGAACAAUCGAUGACAGUAUUAACGAUGACGCGAUGCGGAUGUAUGAUACAUUCACAGCUUCACCGGCGGGGCGGAAACUGUUGGUUCAUUUGCGCGAGUCGCUCUAGAAGAUCAGCGGGAGCGAGUCUCGGGGAAGUAGACUACUAGAUAGCGUUGCAAACAACCAAGCCACAUGCCCUCCACUCCAGAAAUGUAUCGCCUGGCCGGCGUUCAGAUGCAGGUCCGAAGAUGAUGCCAAACUCCCUAAAGCUGACACACGGCAGAGUUUGGUCGUGCUGAAUGUGAUUCAGCAAUCGGAUUCACGGCUCUCAUUAUCCUUCUCAUGGCCAAGACAGCCAAUGCAUUUUGGGUCUCUCAUCCGCCGUUAAAACAUCAAAGAUCUAUUCUAUCUCACCUCCCAGCCAACUAAGUCCUA